AUGAGUUUGUCUAGUGAAGCAAAAAAAUGUCUUCAUAAAUCGUUACAGCAACAGUGCUUAAAUCAAAAGUUAGCUAAAUAUAAUGAAGCAAAAAGGCUUUUUACAAGUUUAAGGGUAGAGG